AUAUCAUGAUUUUAGUCAAAUAACACAAGGAUCCUAGACAAGUCUCAAUUAAAUAAAAUCCCCUAACGAGCACAAGAGUCCUUCUACAUGCUCCCUCCGUUCAACAUCACAACAACAAAAAUCCUCGGUAACUUAAAAAACAAUGAAGAAAAGUAACGUACAAUUCUGGCGGCAAAGACAUUGCAUAGCUGCGGAGCCUGGUAAAUAGAACCGUCAAGGACGUAAUAGGCGAGCAUAGGAGUAACCUUGUCGGGGCUAUCUCUCUUCUGCUUGCGAAUGACGAAGAGGUGCGGCUCCAUAACUUCGCUCAGCACGUACUCCGUGCCCGUCAUCUUCCUGAAGAGGAUUCAAGAAUCAAUCGAUAGCGACGAAGUGAAUGGAGAAGGGAAUUAGGGUUUGCUAGUUACGAGAGCUGAGAGAGGUCGAGGGGGUGAACGGAGCGCAUGCGGAGCUGCUCGUUGUUGCAGGUCCAGUCGUAGAAAGGGGAGAGCGCGAAGUAAUCGAACACCAAGUUCCGAUCCAGAAUGAAGCUGUUCAGCCAUAGCUGGUCCCGGAAGCAUAUUCCGGUCAUGUCGGUUCCCGGAGGCUGCGCCACCGCUCCUCCCUCCAUCAUUGCGUUUCCCGGCGCCGCCGCCAUCUUCCACUCACUCCCCAAUUCAAUCUCUUUGUUUUUGUGUGGGGUUACGUUACGACUUUAAAAUAGGAUUUGGGCCGGGCCGGGCCGAAGGGAUACGCGUUACCCAGCAGCGAAGGCCCAAUAAUUUGAUUCUUCUCUUUCUCCUCUGCGGACUGCGGCAACGCCACCACGCUGGUUCAGCACAAUGAGAAGCAUUCGGCAGCGUGGGUUUUCGACAUUGCUUCCCAUACCUCACCGAACCAUCCCCGAGGCUCGAGGUCAGGAUCUGGACUUGAUAACCGUAGCCCACAGCCACGUGAUCCACUCCCACUGGCACAAGCUCCACUCUCUCUCACUCUCACUCACACCCUUCCGUCUCGCACACCUCCUCCUGGCCCUCCAAAACGACCACGUUUCGUCCCUGAAACUCUGGAACUGGGUCCUCCAACAUAGCCCCUCCUCUCACACCCUCCAAUCCCUCUCCAUCGUCGCCCACACCCUCGCCAAACACCGCCAAUUCAAAACCCUGCAAAGAAUCCUCUCUUCGCACCCCCCCUCCACCCUCUUCGAUUCCCUUUUACACACCUACCGUCUCUGCCACUCUUCCCCUCUCGUCUUCGACUCCCUCUUCAAAACCCUCGCCCACACCCACAAGUUCCGAGACGCCACCCGCGUUUACGUCCUCAUGAAGGAACACGGCUUCUCCCCCACCGUCGAGUCCUGCAACGCCUUUCUAAGCUCUCUCCUCUCUCUUCGCAGACCCGACAUUGCUCUCUCGUUUUACCGCGAAAUUCGUCGUUCUCGCGUUUCGCCUAAUGUCUACACUCUCAACAUGGCUAUGCGCGCUUAUUGCAUGUUGGGGGAACUCAAUCGCGCUCUUGAAAUUUUGCACUCCAUGACGGAUAUCGGUUUGAGGCCCAAUGUUGUGUCUUUUAAUACUUUGAUUUCGGGGUGUUGUAACAAGGGCUUGUUUGGAAUGGCGUUAAAGGUCAAGUCUUUGAUGGGGGAACAUGGAGUGCAGGCUAAUGUGGUUACUUUUAACGCUCUUAUUAAUGGGUUUUGUAAGGAGAGGAAGCUGCAUGAGGCGAAUAGGGUUUUCAGUGAGAUGAAGGUUGCCAAGGUGGUUCCCAAUGUUGUGACUUUUAAUACUUUGUUGAAUGGGUAUGGUCAGGUUGGGGACAGUGAAAUGGGGAGUAGGGUUUAUGAGGAGAUGAAGAGAAAUGGGGUUAAGGCUGAUAUAUUGACUUAUAAUGCGUUGAUUUUGGGGCUGUGUAAGGAGGGGAAGACGAAGAAAGCUGCGGGGUUGGUUAGGGAGCUUGAUAAGGAGAACUUGGUUCCCAAUGCGAGUACUUUUUCUGCUCUUAUUACUGGGCAGUGUGUGAGGAACAACUCUGAGCGUGCGUUUCUUGUUUAUAGAAGCAUGGUGAGGAGUGGUUGUUGUCCAAAUGAGAAGACUUUCCAGAUGUUGAUAUCUGCCUUCUGCAAGAAUGAGGACUUUGAUGGGGCUGUGCAGGUUUUGAGGGACAUGUUGGAUAGAUUGAUGAGUCCUGAUUCCAGUACCUUGUUUGAGCUCUAUGAUGGACUUUGCAGGUGUGGGAAAAAUCAGUUGGCAUUGCAAUUGUGUAGUGAGAUGGAAGCUAGGCGUCUGUUGCCAGAAGGUUUUGACAAAGAUAAAAUAAUCAUUACCCUUCCACAAAAUGAGAAAACUAACUGAACUAGUCAACUUUUACUCGCCACGUAUCAUCUUUCAAAGACAACCUUGUUCCAGACAUUGAAUAUGAUACUUCUUUAAACGGAAAUUUG